AUGGUCAAUCGUAGUGUUUUGAGAUCUGGCAAAGCCUCUGCUUCCACUGAAGGAACAUCCAGCGGAGGCAAUUUAAAGAGAAGUCGACCAGCCAGUUCUUCAGAAUCGGAAGGGGAAGUUCAGGUAGUGAAACGUGGUCCUCGGAUAUCACGUAGAAAUGACACUUCACCCCAAGUAACACCCAGAAGAUCCAAUUUGACGAGAAGUAGACGAGCCAACUCCUCAGCAUCGGAAUCCGAAGAUGUUGUUCAGAUUGCCAAACGUCACUCUGGUAGCUGUCGCAAAGAAGCUACUGCCGCUCAAGGAUCAUCCCAAGUGAACUCCAAGAACCGCAGAACAUUCAACUAUCCGGAGUCAGAAUCGGAAGAUGAGUUACAGGAGUCACGACCAAAGAGAAAAUUUGUCCGACGUGUUACUUAUGAAGAAAGUGACUAUGACUUUGAAAAUAGCCCGAUUACGAAAAAAACUGGAGAAGGGUCUAAGUCUCAAAUGAAAAUGAAAAACUCGGAUUCCAAAAAAUAUGCUUUAUCAUUGUCAAAAUCUGAAUCUGACACUGAGUCAGUCAAAAGGACAUCUAAAAAUGUUUGCAGAAAGAGGGAUGCAGCUCAAACAAAAUCCAAUAUCGUCGAUUCAAAAAAACAUGUGUUUUCGUCAUUUUCCUCAGCCGUAGAUUGUUCAUCUUCAGAACCGGAAUUUCAAUUUGGAGAUUUGGCUCUUGAGGAAAAAACAGACAAUGAGCUAGCAGAGGAGCCCGUUCAAGAGACGAUCUCAAAACGGAAGCGAACCAGAAAGGCAAAAGAUGAGAACAAAAGGACUAGAGUUAAAUUCUCGGGUGAACAAGUUCAAGUUCUCCAAACUCUGUUUUGUGAAACACAGUUUUCAACCAAAGAGGAGCGGGAAAAUUUGGCAGAGAAAACCAAUCUCAGCAUACGCCAAGUAGAGAAGUGGUUCGUUCACAAAAGAAAUCGCAAUCCAGAAAUGGUGAAGAGCCGUCCCGGAAGACGACAACGGGAUUUGAACAAACCGAGCGGGUUCGAGGAUGCGAUGGGUAAAUUUUUCGAAAAACGUCAAUUUCUUGAAGAACCAGACGAAGCUUUGGAAUUGGAAUCGGGAGGCUCCUGGAAAAGAUUAGUGGGAUACUUGGAGGAACGGUCGUUGGCGCUCAAAGUGCUUAAGUAUUACCGGACCAAAGAAGUCUAUUUAGAUCAAAAAGAAGUUGUUUUGGCAGAUCACCACGAUGUGGACUAUCUCAAUGAGCCGGAGCUGGAUUACCAGAUUUAUGAAAACCAAAGCGACAAAGCAGUUGAAUGA